CGUUACUGAGUUAACUUACUUUCGUUUAAUGUAUUCAGUCUUAAGUUACCAUACUUUUUAUAAAAUAAAUGGAUGUAACGCUACUAGCUUUUGUUAUAGGAUGUGUUUCUCUUGGGUCUGUCAGUUUUGCAGAUCCACCGGCCUCUAGACUCCACAUGACGCCGGACCUCCCCGAGGCGUACUUCCUUCAGGGGGACCCUCUACGAAUAUCGUGCACCCUCAUUUAUGCGCACUUCCGGAGCCCUGGGGACAACGCUGUCCUUCCAUCCUUCUUUCGGGAUGGACAGGAGAUUCUGGACACGUCCACCGCGGUGAAGGUUUAUGAGGUCGGCGUGGCCUCCUGGGUCAACUCCUCACUGACCAUAUUCAGCAAGGAGGCCCGACCAGAGCACUCCGGCAAUUACUCGUGCACCACGCCGCUAUUCCACAUGGACGCGCAAAUCAGCGUUCACGUUGUUGAAGUAACAGCCACGAAUGCGGAGCUGCCGGCCACGGAAAGUGUUCCCCACCUAGAUCUGAAGUACCGCCUUUAUAACUACCCGACGACGGACUAUUCGGUGUCAGCAACAUGCACCGACGCCGACGGUAACGCCAUUGGGCAGCAUGGUAGUCAUGGUCACCGUUAUAGGGUCGGGAAAGCACUACCGGACAUUGUACUGAGGAUCGCGAGCCCGACCAUUCGAGAUGCGGGCGCCUAUCAAUGCAGUGUGCAGUUCGAGUCCUUUUACUUAGACUACUCAUCCCUUCCAAGGAAAUUCACAUUCAACCUAAUGCCUGUCUAUCUGUAUGCUGGCCCAAAAGUGGUACUGCGAGAAAGUCAGAUAACUGUUCAAGGUGGGGAUCCUUUAGAGGUUGAGUGUGACGUCACCGGUUACCCCUUACCUGACGUCAUAUGGCGUAAAAACGAACGUGAACUCGUUGUGGACGACAGAGUGCAUUUAAGCGAGUUCCGGGACGUAGCAAACAGCCGACUGUUAAUCACGAGUCUUACUUCUGUUGACGCGGCUGAAUACACGUGCCAAGCAGUUAACUCCGUGCGGCCGUUCCAAAACAGCGCAUCUGUCAACGUGCACGUGCAAUUGGAGUCAACGACACAGCCAACAAAACCCACUAUUGGUACACGUACAAAUACAGGUCGCAGUUACCCCCACGACCGAAUUAGGAAGCUCGAAAAGAAAGUUGACAGACUUAUAAAGAUGUUUGAAUCAACCACGAAGGGCAACAACGACAAUGCUGCUUAUACAUGUCAGAUGGAGAUGGCGAAAAUAUUGAGUGUCAUGGAUACCAUCAAAGACACUGUAAAGGACGGAUUUAUCACGACGUUCACAGAGCUUGCAGAAAUUAAGGAGUUUCGGAAACGACAUUCUGAUAACAGAUAGAUCUAUGUUCUGUAUCAUGUUUCUGGCUAACGAUAUAAAGGACUCCUUGGAAAAUGAAAGAUGACCUCUGUUUGAAAAUGGUCCUCACUUAGGAGGAUUAUGAAUAUACAUUUAUCAGUGGGCAUGCUUUGUUUCCAUGUUAAGUUAUUGUGUGGAAUAUACAUCACGACUACUGUUAUUCACAGAAUUGUAACAUUUACUGAAAUCAGUGUUCAACAUGAAUAUAUUUAUACACAUAAUACAAACAUCAGUAUUUUAUCUCACCGGUUGUUUGAGGAUGCCAGCUCACGGGGACUCAAACUACCAAUGAGGUUUUCUAAACCCCAACCCUUAAGCGGGGAAAUUGUUCACAAACUCUUUGUAAGCAGACGUUAAGUUCACGAAAACCCUUUGAAAAAUUCCCAGAUGGCGGUCACACCGAGUCUGUCAAAAGUUUGCCGGUUCGAAAUCACCUUCUGACUGAAUCCCCUUUAGCCCUCCAAUCCCCCUCCAUCCAUUUUAGAAUAAAAAUGAUGAUGAUGAUGAUGAUGAUGAUGAUGAUGAUGAUGAUGAUGAUGAUGAUUAU